AGAAAAAAACAUGAAAAGCCAAUUAAUAGGAUUUCUUAUGAACUUUUGGAUUUCUUUUUCGCUUGCUUUGUAUUUUCACGCUGGAGAAAGAGAAGAGAAAUGUAUAAUUGAAGAUAUUCCCACUGACACGUUGGUAGUUGGGAAUUACAAAGUACAACGUUGGGAUAUUCAUACACAUGAAUUUCUUGAAUCUGCUCCUGGUUUGGGAAUGUUUGUGACUGUCUCAGCUCCUACUGGUGAGGUACUAUUGUCAAAACUGUAUGGGCCACAAGCAACAUUUUCUUUUACAUCCUAUCUCUCUGGGGAGCAUAUUAUCUGUUUCCAGUCUAACUCCACAAGAUUUUUGGCAAUUGGAGGAAACAAACUGCGUAUCCAUUUGGACAUUAGAGUUGGAGAACAUUUUUUUGAUGAAUCUGCUGCUCAUGCCAAAGACAAAGUGAAUGAAGUUAAUGUCAGACUAGAACAUCUAAUUGAGCAAAUUCAUCAUGUAUCCAAAGAACAAGACUAUGAAAGAGAGCGUGAAGAAAAAUUUCGGAAGACAAGUGAAGAAACAAACAGCAAUAUUUUGUGGUGGGCUAUAGCACAAACACUAAUCCUCAUCUCUGUUGGAAUAUGGCAAAUCAAAUCUCUCAGAGAUUUCUUUAUAUCUAAGAAGCUUGUUUAAAUCUUAUAAAG